AUGGAUGAGGUUAAGGAAGAGUCUGUCGCGUCUGCAAGCGAUGGACUCGUUAGUGGGACAGUUGAACCGACAGCCUUGCUGCACCAUGUCGAGCGACUGCUUCCACUUGUACUAGAAUGGGACCCGUCUGAUAGAGAUGGUUUACUUAACUCUGCGGAAGCCAUCGAGAAAGCCGGCCGAUUUUGUACCGACCCCCAGGUGCAGGUCUUGUACAUUGUGAAGGAACAAGCCGAACCGCCUGAGAAACAAGAAGGGGACACACCGCAUCAAACAUUCAGGAUAACCGUUCGAUUGGAUCUUGUAUACUCUCCUAGACAAGUGGCUUCCCUCGCCGUCAUCAAAAGAUUUUCUACCGUCGAAAUCGCUCGACCCUUGCAACAGCAGCUGCAACUUAUCAAUCUACCUGGCCCGGGUGAGGGUGGCAACCCUUACGAAGCUCUUCACUCUUAUAUCCACAAUGCUGUCUCCCCUUUCUUUGAUGCCUUUGCUGCGGCAAAGGGGGUUAGCGCGUCUAGUAUUGAUCGGCAUGGGAGAGAAGAUAAGGACAAUAAAACCGGCAUUCCAAUGGCGAAAAAGAAAAUCGCAGAGCUGGAGCUGUCCUUGUUACAGUUGCAGCAAAAUGUUGAAAUUCCUGACGUUAUACUUAAUUUCAACCCUGUAGUGCAGCGAGCUGCCGAAAUCUGCCACGAACAAGGGAGGCGGGUGAAUGUCGACGUCGUUGGCGAUGUUAUAAACGAUUCUGCCGUUUUAAAUAAACUCCAAGCCGAUGUGAAUGGUUGGAUUAAAGAGAUCCAGAAGGUUACGAAGCUUUCUAGGGACCCGGCGUCGGGUAAUGCUAGUCAAGAAAUCAAUUUCUGGCUGAAUAUGGAGAGGGCUUUGGGAUCCAUAGAAGAACAGCUGAAGAGCGAUCAGGUGCAGCUGACAUUGGACAUACUGAAGCACGCAAAGCGAUUUCAUGCGACCGUCAGUUUUUAUGCGGAUACUGGCAUGAAGGACGCUGUGGAGAAGGUUCAAAAGUAUAACAUUCUUAUGAAGGACUUCCCCUUGAAUGAGCUGCUCUCGGCGACCGACAUCCGGAAGAUUCAGGAAUCGUUGAUACUCAUCUUCAACCACUUGACGAAAAAGCUGAAGUUGUCGCCGUACCCUAUUCGACGCGCACUACCUCUUGUCGAAGCCAUCUCGCGCGAUCUGAAUGAACAGCUGCUCCGAGUCUUAGGUACACGUCGCAUGAUGUAUAUGGCAUACGACGACUUUGAAAAAGCCUCUGGUGGAUGUGAGGACGUAUUUCGGACAUGGGACGAUCAGGUGAAGGAGUUCACAAAUGUCGCCCGGGAUGUUACAAGGAAGCGAUCAGAAAAAUUUCUUCCCAUUAAGAUCAAUCCUGUCCAUGCGAAGCUGCAGGAGCGUAUCACAUUUUUGCGUACCUUCCGGAGACAGCAUGAACAACUUCAUGAUACAAUAUUGAAAGUCAUGCGGACUGAGAAAACUGGAACGACUGGAAUUAAUGGAAUGGAGACCAAGGGAGUUAGUUUGUCUGACGUCAAUGCUUUAGACGACAUCAAGGUGGCGUAUGAAAGCGUGAAGAAUGUUGAUGUGUUAGACGUCACACCAGAGGGCACCGAAAUAUGGAAUCAAAUAAUUGCACGACUCAGGGAUCGGCUGGGAACUGCCAAGAAUGCAAAUGAAAUGUUCCGCGUGUUCUCAAAGUUCAAUGCGCUGUUUGUACGGCCAAAGAUUCGUGGCGCCAUCCAGGAGUAUCAGGCGCAUCUGAUAGAAAGCGUGAAGGAUGACAUUAAAAAGCUGCACGACAAGUUUAAGGUGCACUACAGGAAUUCCCAAGCGUACAAAAUGAGUCAACUACGGGAUCUACCACCAAUUUCGGGGGCAAUAAUUUGGGCGCGACAAAUUGAGCGACAGUUGGGUUUGUACAUGAAGCGAGUCGAAGACGUAUUAGGGAAGGGAUGGGAAAUGUACGCCGAGGGGCAAAAGUUGCAAACGGAAAGCAGUUCCUUCCGCAAGAAGCUCGACACUCGGCCCAUUUACGACACAUGGCUGGCGGAUAUUAUGAAACGAGAGCUUUCGGUGACUGGGCGGAUUUUCGAGAUUAGUCGGAACAGGGCGCAAGGCAACAUUUUGCAACUUGGCAUUAACUUUGAGUCGCAAACAAUUACACUUUUCAAAGAAGUGCGGAACUUGCUUUGGCUAAACUUCCAGGUUCCUCAUACUGUCGCCAAUAUUGCAAAAGAUGCGAAACGUGUAUAUCCAUUCGCAGUAUCCUUGAGCGAAACAGUGCGGACGUAUACCCAAACAGCGUAUAACGUUGAUCGCCACGAUGGGAUUUCAACGCUGGUAGCUGGGUACCGUCGUGAUGUACACUCUCACAUCUCACGGGGUAUCCAGCUUCGAUGGGACUACUUUAAUCGGCAUGUCGUUUUUGUUAGAGACUUUGCUUCAGUGGUUACUAUUUUCCAGGAUAAAGUGAACUCGGCCAUUGUCGUGAGCGAUGAGAUUCAUCAAACCAUCGGUCAAUUGAAGACGUGCCGUUUUGAACGGAACGCGUUCCAGGAUCGGUUAACGAAAAUACAAAAGCUAAUCGAUCGCCUAAAUCUUGAAGGAUAUUCGAACCUGGCAUCUUGGACCGCCAAGCUGAAUGUUGACAUAGAAACCGUACUGGCGGCUCGUUUGCAGACGGCAAUCAAGUCAUGGAUGGACGAAUUCAUGCAAGGGGACGAGGAACCUGCAAACAUCGAUCAUAGGCGACGAAGGGGCCACAAAGCAAGCACACCCUCUGCGCGAAACUCGAUCGUAGGGGCACCCAACGAGGGAGAUACUGAACGAAGGCCAAAUUUAGAAAUCAUGGUACACGAGAUUGCGUUGAAGAAUCAGGUUAUGUACGUGGAUCCCCCGAUCGAAGAGGCGCGAAACAAUUGGUACAGGCAGUUACACUUCUGGUUAGGGCAUCUCUGUACGCUGAAGCCCAUUCAAAGCUCCAGCUAUGAGAUGAGUGUUGGAGCGCAUCGUAAGGAGGAAAACAUGACCUAUGCAAUUCUGCUUAACCGAUUGUCAGACUCUCUGGAACGAUGCUAUGAUAUUGUUGAGCAGAGGAUCAAAAGCGUCCAAGAAUAUACCGAGAUCUGGUUGCGCUACCAAUCUCUUUGGGAUCUGGAAUCCCAUUACGUGUAUGAUCAGCUUGGAGAUGAUCUCCGGUUGUGGCAACAGCUAGUGCUGGAGAUCAAAAAGGCUCGAGCGACGUUCGACAACUCUGAAACCGAGAGAUCUUUCGGUCCUAUCGUCAUUGAUUACGAACAGGUUCAGUCAAAGGUCAACGCAAAAUACGAUCAGUGGCAGCGGGAAAUUCUGAACCGUUUCGGUGUCAAACUGGGAAGUAGUAUGAGAGACUUUUACUCUACAGUGUCCAAGUCACGCACAGACCUAGAACAGCAGUCUGCGGAUGGUAGUUCAACUGCGGAAGCAGUAGCGUUCAUUACAUUCGUCCAGGACCUUGGGAGAAAGAUUCCGCUUUGGACUGAACAAGUGCAGACUUUCAAAAGCAGCCAAAAGGUCUUGGAGCGCCAAAGAUACCAAUUUCCAAAUGACUGGCUAUAUGUCGAUAAUGUUGAAGGGGAAUGGAGUGCUUUUAACGAGAUUUUAGCCAGAAAGAAAAAGGCAAUCCAGGAACAAAUUGCUGGAUUGCAGGUCAAGAUCGUCGCGGAAGAUAAAAUGGUUGAGCAGAAAAUCCGAGACAUUGCAGCCGACUGGGACAAAAGCAAGCCCUUGCAGGGUGAUAUCAUGCCGGAUGAAGCAGUGGCUAGUCUCAAUAUUUUCGAAGGCCGCCUUCUUCGAUUGCAAGACGAUUAUAAUCAGGUUUCUCGAGCUAAAGAAGCACUAGAUUUGGAUCGACGGGCAGACAAUAAGUUACAGCCUAUUCUCGAAGAGCUUCGUGACUUGAAGGGAGUAUGGGUAGCGCUGUCCGGUCUAUGGACUGGCAUUAACGAGAUUCGCGAUACCGUUUGGGCGUCGGCGGUUCCUCGCAAGAUUCGCCAGCAACUAGACCAGCUGCUUAUGUCCAUGAAGGAAAUGUCCAGUCGCAUGCGUCAGUAUGCGGCUUUCGAUUACGCUCAGGAAACGCUGAAGGGCUACCUGAAGGUCAAUCCGCUGGUCACUGAGCUCAAGUCGGAGGCAUUGAAGGACCGUCAUUGGAGGCAACUCUUCAAAGCUCUGGACUUGGGGGCCAAGGUCUCGCAGUCAGAGUUGACCAUUGGCCAUUUGUGGGACGUGGAUCUGAAGAAGAAUGAAGCGGUAAUUCGAGAGGUUAUUACUGUUGCGCAAGGCGAGAUGGCGUUGGAAGAAUUUUUGAAGCAAGUUAAGGAAACGUGGACCAGCUUCGCGCUGGAUCUAGUCGUAUAUCAAAACAAGUGCCGGUUGAUCAAGGGAUGGGAAGAAUUGUUUACGAAAUGCUCAGAGAACUUGAAUUCACUUUUUGCAAUGAAGCACUCGCCAUUCUUUAAGGUCUUUGAAGAGGAGGCCUCCACCUGGGAAGAUAAGCUGAACAGGAUCCACAUGCUUUUUGACGUCUGGAUUGAUGUCCAACGUCAAUGGGUGUAUCUGGAAGGCAUAUUCUCUGUUAGCGUCGACAUCAAGCAUCUCUUACCUGUGGAAAGCUCCAGGUUUCAGAGCGUCAAUGCCGAGUUUAUGUCCUUGAUGAAGAAGGUAUACAAGUCACCAUUCGUUGUAGACAUUCUGAACAUCCCUGGCAUCCAAAAGUCCAUGGAACGUUUGGCGGAUCUUCUAUCCAAAAUCCAACGAGCCCUCGGAGAAUAUCUGGAACGAGAACGUUCCUCAUUUCCAAGAUUCUACUUUGUGGGUGAUGAGGACCUUCUCGAGCUGAUUGGUAAUAGUAAGGAUAUUAUUCGAAUUCAGAAACAUCUCAAAAAGAUGUUUGCGGGAAUUGCCAGUCUGCUACUUAGCGAGGACUCGUCGAUGAUCGAAGGUUUGGUGUCCAGGGAGGGUGAGACUGUUAUGUUGAAACACCCUAUUUCCGUCAAAGAACAUCCUCGCAUCAACGAUUGGUUGACGUUGCUGGAGAAGGAGAUGCGGAUGUCUCUUGCCAUGUGGCUUUCAGACGCCGUGAUUGACAUGGCUUCCUUCCAUGUCGCAUCAAAGCUCGACGCAGCCAAAUUCCUUAGUUGGAUGGACAAAUACCCUGAUCAGUUGGUAGUAUUGUCUAUGCAAAUUCUUUGGACGGACUCUGUUGAAAAAUCUCUAGAAACGGCAAAGGAGGGGAAAAGCAAAGGAACCCAUCCUCUAAACGAUGCGCUGUCUCUUGUGGAAAAUGGGUUAAAUGUGCUAGCAGAUCUGGUGUUGACGGACCUUGCGCCAAUACGGAGGCGGAAGUGUGAGCAUUUGAUCACCGAACUAGUUCACCAGCGUGAUGUUAUCCGGCAAUUGCUUCGCAGUCAGACGACAUCUCCGGACGAAUUUGAGUGGCUACAACAAAUGCGCUUCUACUUUAAACAAGGGGUAGAAAAUCCUCUCGAGCGGCUGUCCGUUAAGAUGGCGAACGCAACUUUCAACUAUGGAUAUGAGUACUUGGGUGUUACCGACCGUCUCGUGCAGACACCGUUAACCGAUCGUUGUUACUUGACCUUGACCCAAGCCCUUAACUCCCGACUUGGAGGGAGUCCCUUCGGACCUGCUGGAACGGGAAAAACGGAGAGUGUAAAGGCUUUGGGUGUUCAACUGGGACGAUUUGUUUUGGUGUUCUGCUGUGAUGAGAACUUCGAUUUUCAGGCGAUGGGACGCAUUUUCAUUGGUUUGUGCCGGGUGGGAGCUUGGGGUUGUUUCGACGAGUUCAAUCGUCUGGAGGAGAGAAUUCUCUCUGCAGUAUCCCAACAAGUGCAGUCGAUUCAACUUGGACUGAAAAACGGCCAGGAAAUCGAGCUUGUCAACAAGCACUUCAAAGUGGACCCGAGCACGGGAAUCUUCAUUACCAUGAACCCGGGCUACGCUGGUCGAUCCAAUCUGCCCGACAAUUUGAAGAAGCUGUUCCGCAGCGUGGCCAUGACCAAGCCCGAUCGAGAACUGAUUGCGCAGGUCAUGCUAUACUCGCAAGGUUUUCGAUCAGCAGAAUUGUUGGCUUCUAAGGUCGUCCCUCUUUUUGUUCUGUGCGAUGAGCAGCUGUCACCGCAAAACCACUAUGAUUUCGGCUUGCGCUCAUUGAAGAGUGUUCUUGUAAGCGCAGGAAACUUGAAAAGAGAGGUAUUGCAGCAGCUAAGAGGAGAGACGAAACCAGAGGCUGCUGACAAAGACGUGAAGGAAGGCAUAUCCGAUGAAGUGUCGGAGCAGAAGCUUCUUAUUCGCAGCGUCCGAGAGACAGUGAUUCCUAAACUGGUGGCUGAUGAUAUUGCCCUGCUUCAAAGCCUUCUUGACGAUGUGUUCCCUGGAGUUCAAUACAUACCUGUUGACCUAGAGAUAUUGAAGCGCGCCAUCAAGGUGGCAUGCGACAAGCGGCGCCUUGUUGCUGAUGGACUUUGGCUGGAAAAGGUGGUCCAAUUGUAUCAAAUUCAAAGCAUCCAUCAUGGUUUGAUGAUGGUAGGACCUUCCGGAUCAGGGAAAACGGCGGCCCAUCAAGUGUUAUUGGAUGCAUUAAGUCGCAUAGAGGGCAUUGAAGGGGUUUCGUACGUUAUUGACCCCAAGGCAAUGUCGAAAGAGGCCUUAUACGGGCACAUGGAUCCCACUACUCGAGAAUGGACCGACGGCUUGUUCACGCAUAUUCUGAGGAAGAUCGUGGAGAAUGUACGGGGUGAAGGGUCAAAGCGACACUGGAUUAUAUUCGACGGUGAUGUUGAUCCAGAAUGGGUUGAAAAUUUGAACUCGGUGCUUGACGACAAUAAGCUCUUGACCCUGCCAAAUGGCGAGCGGUUGAAUCUGCCACCCAAUGUCCGUAUCAUGUUUGAAGUGGAGGAUCUGAAACAGGCAACGCUUGCGACAGUGAGUCGUUGUGGAAUGGUGUGGUUCAGCAAAGAGACCGUGAGUCUUGAUGUCGCCAUCAACAACUAUUUGGAGACUCUUCGCCAUGUUGUCCUCAAUGAUGCGGACGAAGACACUUCAUCUAUAUUGACAGAUGAGCGUAGCUCAGACCGAUCACCCAUGCUCGAGACCCAGCGUAUUAUUGCAGAUAUAUUGGCACCACACAUGAAGAAUGGAGGACUGGUUAUUCGAGCCAUGGAUUUCGUAGAGAAAGUCGAGCAUAUCAUGGACUUCACCAAAAUCAGAGCCUUUACAGCGCUCUGUACCCUAUUGAACAAUGUUGUCAGAAAAGUAUUGGACUACAAUGCUUCGCAUCCAGACUUUCCGAUGAGUGUCAGCCUCAUUGACACCUUUGUGACAAAGCGUCUUCUGCUGGCCGUCGUGUGGAGUUUCACUGGAGAUUCAAAAUUAGAGACAAGAGCCAAGCUUGGGGACUACCUCCGGAGCAUCUCCACGUUAGAGUUUCCGGCAGGUGGAGUGUCCCUCAUUGAUUUUGAUGUUAGCAUAACCACCGGAGAAUGGGUCGAGUGGCAAUCAAAGGUGCCUACAAUCGAGAUAGAAACGCAUAAUGUUGCGGCCGCUGAUGUUGUUAUUCCGACGAUGGACACUGUUCGGCACGAAGAGGUGCUAUACUCGUGGUUGUCUGAGCACAAGCCUCUCAUUCUCUGUGGGCCGCCUGGUUCAGGAAAGACCAUGACAUUGUUCUCGUCACUUCGAAAACUCCCUGAGAUGGAGGUUGUCGGAUUAAACUUCUCCAGUGCGACAACGCCAGAGUUGAUCUUACAGACAUUCGAGCAGUAUUGCGAGUAUCGUAAGACUCCGAAUGGUAUAAUCUUAUCACCACAAGCAAUUGGGCGAUGGCUUGUUCUCUUCUGUGAUGAGAUCAAUCUUCCUGCAAUGGAUAAAUAUGGUACACAGCGUGUCAUCUCUUUUAUCCGCCAACUUGUUGAACACGGCGGCUUCUGGCGAAAGAGCGACAAAGCCUGGGUGCGACUGGAAAGGAUACAAUUUGUUGGAGCAUGCAAUCCUCCGACCGACCCUGGUCGUGUGCCAUUAUCACAUCGAUUCCUCCGGCAUGCCCCCGUUAUGAUGGUUGAUUACCCAGGCGAGGCGUCCUUGAUGCAGAUCUACGGCACAUUCAGCAGAGCGAUGCUGAAAGUCGUUCCAUCCUUGCGUGGUUAUGCUGAGCCUUUGACCGCAGCGAUGGUAGAGUUCUACCUUGCGUCUCAGGAAGAGUUCACACCCGAUAAGCAACUUCAUUAUAUCUAUUCCCCCCGUGAACUGACCCGCUGGGUCCGCGGCAUAUUUGAGGCAAUGAAGCCUUUGGAAAGUUUACCUGUAGAGGGGCUGGUGCGCAUCUGGGCACAUGAGGCGCUCCGGUUAUUCCAAGAUCGCUUGGUGUCCCAGAAAGAACGCCAAUGGACAGAUGAAAUGAUAGAAACCGUCGCAUUAAAGCACUUCCCGGGCAUCAAUCGGGAGGCAGCGCUUGCGCGGCCAAUUUUAUUUUCGAACUGGCUAUCAAAAUACUAUGUACCAGUCCAACACGGCGAACUGCGGGACUUUGUCAAGGCCCGACUCAAGGUCUUCUACGAAGAGGAGUUGGAUGUGCCAUUGGUCCUUUUCAACGAUGUUCUUGAACACGUACUGCGUAUCGAUAGAGUUUAUCGUCAAAUGCAGGGACACCUUCUCCUCAUUGGUAUUAGUGGGGCGGGAAAGACCACGCUCUCUCGCUUUGUCGCCUGGAUGAAUGGCUUGAGUGUGUUCCAAAUAAAGGUGCACAACAAGUAUUCUGCGGCAGAUUUCGAUGAAGAUUUGAGAACCGUUUUGCGCAGGGCCGGGUGCAAAGGAGAGAAGAUCUGUUUUAUAAUGGAUGAGUCCAAUGUGUUGGAUUCUGGUUUCUUGGAGAAGAUGAAUACCCUUCUGGCGAAUGCUGAAGUUCCAGGGUUGUUCGAGGGUGAUGAGCACGCAUCUCUCAUGACCGCCUGUAAAGAGGGGGCACAGCGAGAGGGAUUGAUGCUCGACAGCACUGAAGAACUGUACAAGUGGUUCACACACCAGAUCAUGAAGAAUCUACACGUGGUCUUUACUAUGAAUCCACCUCAAGACGGGCUAGCGUCUCGAGCAGCAACGUCCCCUGCCCUGUUCAACCGUUGUGUACUGGACUGGUUCGGCGAUUGGUCUGACCAAGCUUUCUUCCAAGUUGGAAGAGAGUUUACACAAGCAUUGGACCUUGAAAUGCCAGGGUACAUUGCACCUAUAGAGUUCCCGGUUGUUUAUGAGGACCUUCCCAUGCCUCCUACCUAUCGUGAUGUGAUCGUCAAUGCGUUGGUUUUCAUUCACAAGUCGUUACACGAGAUCAACGAAAAACUUAACAAACGCCAAGGGCGCCUCAACCACGUCACCCCUCGACAUUAUCUGGAUUUCAUUAAUCACUAUGUCAAACUGUUCCACGAAAAGCGCGAGGAUCUUGAGGAACGUCAGCGUCACCUCAACGUUGGUUUGGAUAAAUUGCGAGAGACCGUUGUUAAGGUGGAAGAGCUUCGGAAGAGUCUGGCCAUCAAGCGAUCAGAGCUCGAGGCGAAGAACCACGAAGCCAACGAGAAACUGAAGAAGAUGGUUGCUGAUCAGCAGGAGGCAGAGCAAAAGAAACAGGCGUCGCUGGAGAUUCAGCAAGCUAUUGCAGCACAGAAUCAAGAGAUAGAAGAGCGCAGGAAGGUUGUGUUGCAAGAUCUUGCUGAAGCAGAACCGGCAGUGCUCCAGGCUCAGAACAGCGUCAGUAGCAUCAAGAAGCAACAUUUGCAGGAAGUGCGGACAAUGAGCAACCCUCCGGAGGCUGUAAAAAUGGCUAUGGAAUCUGUCUGCAUGCUAUUGGGCCAUAAAGCCGACUCGUGGAAGACUGUUCAGUCCAUUAUCCGCAAAGACGAUUUCAUUCCGAGCAUCGUUAAUUAUGAUACUGAUAAAAUGAGCGCAAAGGUGCGAGAGGAUGUGGUGAGUUCUUAUCUUGCCAACCCGAAAUAUAAUUUUGAGACGGUCAAUCGCGCCAGUCAAGCAUGUGGCCCUCUCGUACAAUGGGUGAUUGCUCAAGUGAAGUACGCGAGCAUCCUCGAAAGAGUCGGACCGCUGCGUCAAGAGGUACAGCAAUUGGAAGCGAGCGCCGAAGUGACCAAGACAAGGGCGGCGUCGAUUGAAACCAUGAUAAGAGACCUGGAGGAGAGUAUCGGAAGAUACAAAGAAGAAUAUGCUGUGCUUAUCAGCGAAACACAGUCUCUGAAGACCGAGAUGGAGACUGUCCAGACCCGAGUUGAGCGAAGUUUGCGACUGCUAGACAACCUAGCGUCGGAAAAGGAGCGAUGGGAGUCAGGCAGUCGAUCUUUUGAAGCACAAAUGGCAACCAUCGUCGGAGAUGUGCUUCUAUCAGCAGCAUUUAUGGCAUAUGGAGGCUACUUCAGUCAGCAGUAUCGAGAAACGCUGUUGCAGCGGUGGUCCGCACAUCUUCGGAGUGCUGGCAUUAAGUCUAAGCGCGAGCUUUCAAUUCCAAACUACCUGUCUAUCGCCGACGAACGUAUCGCAUGGCAAGCAAACUCGCUUCCAGCGGACAAUCUCUGCACGGAAAACGCCAUCAUGCUUAAGCGCUAUAACCGAUACCCUCUCCUCAUCGAUCCAUCCGGCCAAGCUACGGCUUUCCUUCUGAACGAAUACAAAGAUCGUAAGAUAACGGUGACCAGCUUUUUGGAUGACUCGUUCCUGAAGGUCCUGGAGAGUGCACUGCGAUUCGGAAAUCCGCUACUAGUUCAGGAUGUGGAACAUCUGGAUCCCAUUCUCAAUCCCGUCCUUAACAGGGAACUGCGACGCACCGGUGGACGUGUUCUUAUCCGAUUAGGUGGUCAAGAUAUUGAUUUUUCACCAUCUUUCACGCUAUUUCUAUCUACGCGAGACCCAUCCGUGAAUUUCCCUCCGGACUUAUGCAGCCGAGUGACGUUUGUGAACUUUACGGUAACUCGUGAGAGCCUCCAGAGCCAGUGUCUCCAUGAGGUUUUGAAGGCAGAGAGACCAGACACCGAUCGCAAGCGCACAGAUUUGCUCAAACUUCAAGGGGAAUUCCAGCUGAGACUACGCCAUCUUGAGCACUCGUUGCUUCAGGCGCUCAAUGCGUCUAAAGGCAAUAUAUUGGACGAUGACACCGUGAUCUCAACAUUGGAAACCUUGAAGCAGGAAGCAGCGGAAGUGACGCGGAAGGUCGAAGAAACGGAUAUUAUCAUGCAGGAAGUCGAAAAUGUAACGGCGGUGUAUACACCGCUAGCAAACUCUUGCAGCGCGAUCUUCUUCAUUAUGGAACAGCUCAGUCUCCUGAACCGCUUUUACCAAUUGUCUCUUGAUUUCUUCCUGGAGAUCUUCCAGUAUAUCCUGCACAACAAUCCGAAUCUGAAAGAUAUUCGGGAUCCAGCUCAGCGGUUGCAGAUUUUAGAACGGGACCUAUUCCAGAAUUCCUUCCGGCGAACAUCUCGGGCAUUGCUUCACGAUGAUCAGAUUAUCUUCGCGAUUAUGCUAGGACAAGUGAAGUUACGGGGGGCUGCCGAACAGAUUGAUGCGCGGGAAUACGACUUCUUGAUUGGAGGCGCCGGCGAAAUUGCAUCGGCGCAACCUUCGACAAAACUUGUCAUUUCUUACGGCGAGGAGGUAGCGCGCCGCGUCGCAGAAUGCAGCCGACUGACAGAAUUCAGCAAGCUGCCAUUGCACAUGGAGACGAAUGAUAAGAUAUGGAAAGCAUUUUUGGCCGAAAGGGAGCCUGAACUGAACGUCCCGAGCUGGUCUGAGGAACACGCCCGGCGAGCACCCAUAAUUACGGCGUUUAAUAAUUUGAUAAUUGUAAAGUGCAUGCGUCCUGACCGUCUCAUACCUGCGGCUGCAGGUUUUGUCCAAGCAAUUUUCGGCCCAACUUUCUUGAAUGCAACGGAUCUCAAUUUGCGGUCAGUUGUUAUGGAAGAGAUGGUAAACCCGGCGCCUAUAGCGCUUUGUUCCGUAGCCGGCCAUGAUGCGAGCUAUCGUGUAGAAAACUUUGCUGCUGAAAUGUCUGCGCGCAUGGCGUCGGUAGCCAUGGGCUCGGCGGAAGGGUUUGCUCAAGCAGAUGCGGCUAUUGCCACCGCUGUGAAAAGUGGAACUUGGGUUCUUCUGAAGAACGUGCAUCUGGCGCCGAUAUGGCUUGGCCAGUUGGAAAAAAGAUUGCACAGUAUGAAAGCCCACAAUCAAUUUCGCCUGUUUCUAACGAUGGAGACGAAUCCAAAGGUUCCUGUGAACUUAUUACGGAUGUCCCGCAUUCUGAUGUUCGAGCCAUUACCUGGUAUAAAGGCUAAUCUAUACGAAUCGCUCAACGCUAUUCCACCGACUCGAGUGAAGGCGCCCAGUGAACGAGCGAGACUACACUUCUUGCUUGGAUGGCUGCACGCGGUUGUGCAAGAGCGACUUCGGUAUUCUCCUCUGGGGUGGUCAAAAGUGUAUGAGUUCAAUGACUCUGACCAAGACAUGGCGCUUACCGUGAUUGACCAUUGGAUUGACACCGCCGCACAAGGUCGUGCUAAUGUGCCGCCAGCAAAGAUCCCAUGGAAGGCUAUUCGCACUUUGAUUAAGGAAACUGUUUAUGGAGGGAAGAUCGACAAUGAGUUUGAUCAGUACUUGUUGAAUAGCUUUGUCGAUCGAUUAUUUACUCCAGCCAGUUAUGAUGUCAAUUAUCCCCUUGUCGAGGAAAUGGACGGGAUCUCGAAAUUGGCUAUACCCGACGGCAUACGUAUGGAGCAGUUCUUGGAGUGGGUUGACAAGCUACCAGAACAGCAGCCGCCCACCUGGCUGGGGUUACCAGAUAAUGCAGAAAUGAUGCGAAUGAUUCUAAAAGGUGAACACAUGCUGAGCAACGUCCGUAAAUUGAGAUAUAGCGCCGAGGACGAUGAGAUGGCUUAUAUCGCUCCAACCCCCGGUACUGCUGGAAAUGGGGCAGACCAAUCGGGUCACCCCACUUGGAUGCGCGGAUUAUCCGCGAUGGUCACAGGAUGGCUGGAGCUACUACCCGAGGCUCUACCAUCGAUGAGAACAGACGGCGAUGUAACCAAAAGCCCUCUUUUCCGUUUCUUUGGGCGCGAGCAAGAAAUUGCACAGGAUCAAUUAAGAGUUAUUCGGGAAGAUUUGCUAGAUUUACAGAAGAUGUGUACUGGCAAACAGAAGCAAACGAAUCGGUUGCGUUCUCUCUCCAAUGCCAUUUCAAAAGGCAAUAUACCCCAACAAUGGCUCACAUACAAAGUUCCAAAGCGGCUUGCCCUGAAUCAAUGGAUGCAGGACUUUAAUCAGCGCCUCAAGCAGCUGAACGUGAUCGCGAAAGCUGCCCGAUAUGAUAAUCUACAGAUUUGGUUGGGCGGCUUCGCCAUUCCCGAAGCGUUUAUCACAGCCACCCGCCAGACGGUCGCGCAUAUCACAAAGUCCUCCUUGGAGGAACUAGAGCUUGAUGUUUCUAUCGGCUUUGACGAGAAGAUCAGCUCGAAUGCCGAACACACGGAUGGCUUUGCUUUGUCUGGUAUGCGAUUGGAGGGUGCCGAGUGGAUAGAUGACGGUCUUGUGCUGUCCUCGGCGUUGCAGCCGCGACCAAUACAGAUGUUUAUCCGAUGGGUGAAGAGACGUGGAGACAAGACAGGGCGAGAUGACGUUCUCCUGCCUGUGUAUCUGAAUGAGGAGAGGCAGGAUAUCCUGUUCACCGCUCAACUUCGAUCAAAAGAGCCUAGCGAUGCUUUAAAAAUGAUCCAACGCUGCGUGGCUAUCCUGGCUACGACGUUCUGAGACAAAGAAGAAUAUUUAUGUUCUAACUGUGUGUAAAUAGCUUAGAUAUAAGAGGUGCUGCUCAUAUCAUGAAUUUAUUAACUUUGAAAUAAAUCUAUAUAAUAUUCAAA